AGAAGGGCGGGAGAAAGCGCCAAGAAAUGAGCGAACCGCCUGUGUACGUCGGAGUUUUUGGUAGAACAUGGCGGCGGCAGCGGCGGCUGUAGAGCUCCUGGCUCUGCUGAAGGAUGUGCUAACCUCUGAGGGCCAAGCCAAAGAUGGCAUAGAGGCUGAGUUACCAGCUCAAGUUUUGGCGGAGCAUGCAGUGAACACCAGGAAGACUCAUAAGUUGAUGUACACUCAGCUGCAAGUGGUGAAGUUCCUUCUGGACUUCCUUGAUUCUGCCCCUUGCAUCCAAGAUGCGUCCGGUGCUGCUGUUCGGAAGGAGAUGGCAGAAGCAAAACAGCAAUGGAAAGCGCUCAAAGUGGAGUACCAGCAACAGGUGGAGGCUAUCAAGGGGGCUGUGCCGCAGGUAUUGGCCAAACUGGAGGAGGCACGGAACCGGGGUCGGCUCCUGGAGGAUGCCCUGCAACGCUACCAAGCCAAGAACCGGGAGAUGGAGGAGAAGGUGAGAAAUGCCCAGGACAGGUGUCUGAAAGAACAGGAGCUCUUGUGUGAGCGCCAGCAGCAGCUAGAAAGGCAUGUGACAGAGCUGCAAAACAGGGUGGAGGUGCACCAUGAGGAACUGCAACGCUUGCAGGCGGAACUAGAGGAACAAGAGCGCCAGGCCUCUGUUUGGAAGGAGGAAAUGCAGAGCAUCUCUGACUUCCGGUGCCUCUUAGAGACUUUGCGAGGGGUAAAACUGACUUGCGCCACAGAGAGCGAUCUGGAGGUUGAGCUGUCCUCACAUUCCCAGCCUGGGACUGCUGCUUCCCAUCAACUGAAGCUGCGCUUACACUGGGAGAAUGACGGCAACAUCACUCUGCAGAACGCCAGCCCUUUUUUCCCUCUCCCCGAUGUGCUUCCCAUGGGUGCCUGCAGCACUAUCAAGGCCUUCAUCCUGGAGUUGCAACAUAGCUACGCCCAACAAGCACAGCUCCUGGCUGAGAUUGAGUUGCUGCAGAGCUGCUUUGCCAUUGACUGGCAGCAAGAGAAGAGGCUGGUGAGUUACCUGAAGCCAUCUUCAACUUGUUGCCUCUAUGUGGAGCCGGGAUAUCCAACCAGCGGGAGGAUCUGCCUUCUCUCAGUGAAGAAUCAACAUGGCACAGUUGAUGUGACUUCCUAUAAGCCCCCUCAAGAGAGACCUUCGCUGAAGAAGUGGCUGGUGUACCUCAGUGCUGUGGACUUCAGUGCUGCUUCCUAGGUCUGUGCAACGUGAUGAGGAUUUGUGGCCAGAAUCUGUCUAAGUGCCUACCUCUUUGUAUCCUGAGAAAGAGGGAAAUGAGGUUUCAUUGGGUCAACUGUAUUUCUCUCUCUCUC